AUGGAUGAAAUGGAGGUUCCUACCCUUUUCCUGUGCCCAGUUUCUCUGCAGCUUAUGAGAGACCCUGUGACAGUGUGCACAGGAAUCACAUAUGACAGAGAAAACAUUGAGAGAUGGUUAUUUUCAUGCAAGAACAGCAGAACCUGCCCUGUCACUAGGCAAUCACUGUCACACACAGAUCUUACUCCAAACCACACCCUCCAACGUUUGAUCCAAGCUUGGUGCAUCCACAAUGCCUGGCUUGGACUUGAAACCUUUUCAUCUCCAAAGCCAACCAUUGACCAAACUGAAAUUGUCAAGCUUCUCUUAGAGGCAAAGAUGUUCCCAGAAAAACAGCUCAAGUGUCUUAGUAGGCUUCAAUAUAUUGCUUUUGAAAGUGAAAGUAACAAAAUCUGUUUGCAGUCUGCUGGUGCAAUAGAUUUCUUGGCUUCCACCAUGAUGAUAAAUUCAGCCGUUACGAGUGAAGCAGCUAUAGAAGUCAUGUUUCACCUGCACCCUUCUGAAUCUCAGCUUAAAAACCUGAUGAGCAAUGAAGGAGUUCAGUUUGUUGAGUCUUUGCUUCAUGUCUUGAAGCUUGGAAAGUGCCAAUCUCGAGGUUAUGCAACUGUGCUAUUGAAGUCAGUAUUUAAGGUGGCUGGUCCAACCCAAUUGAACAAUGUCACAAUAGAGCUGUUUGGGGAGAUAAUUAGAGUGUUGAGGGAUCAGAUUUCACCAGAGGCUUCUAAGGCAGCAUUGAAACUUCUAGUGGAGUUGUGCUCAUGGGGCAGGAACAAGGUCAAAGCAGUUAAGAGUGGUGGGGUUUUAGUCCUCAUUGAUCUACUUCUUAAUGUGUCUGAAAGGAGAGCAUGUGAACUCAUGUUGAUAGCUUUGGACAAACUUUGUGGCUGUGCAGAAGGGAGGGCUGAAUUGGUGAACCAUGGAGCUGGAGUGGCUGUUGUGUCAAAGAAAAUUCUGAGGGUGUCACAAGCGGCAAGUGAUAGAGGGGUCAAAAUUUUGACCUCCAUUUGUAGGCAUUCAGCCACUCCUAGAGUCCUUGAUGAAAUGUUGCUAUUUGGGGCAGUAUCAAAGUUGUGUUUGGUGCUUCAGGUGGAGGGUUGUUUCAAGGCCAAAGAAAGGGCUAGGGAGGCACUCAAAUUGCAUUCUAUGGUUUGGAGGAACUCCACAUGUAUUCCUGUCCCUUUGCUUGCAUCCUAUCCAUGA